AUGUUCUCGCCUUUAUUAAUAUUAUUGUUUACUCCGUGGAUCUUCUGUGAAAAUGACGAAAACGUGACGUAUUCGCAAGAUGAUUUCAAAUGUUCUCUGCCUGAUGUGACGAGUUUGGACGCUAAUUUAGACAUAACAAGAUUCAGAUCGGAUUUCUCCAAAAUAUCCGAGGUAAAAUUUCCUGGACUGAUUGGUCCUUUAAAUGAGAGGCUGAUAUGUAAGAUUAAAUGCAUCGAUGGCAAUUGGGUGGGACCUCUUUGUUCUAACACUCCAGACGGCAGAUUCCAGCCCAUAUUAAGAGAAUGUCUAUAUAAAAACGAACACCCUCUUUUGGCUAUAUCGUUUAAGAAUUCAUCCAUAAAUAAAGACACACAUUUUCCCCAUGGGUCGGUAUUGGUGUCCCGUUGCAAGCACUUUGGCUUGUACAAGAUGAAAGGUGAUAAUAUGAUACAUUGUGAAAACGGAGAGUGGGCUCCCAAACUGCCGGAAUGUGUACCAACAUCAGUAGUUACCAACUUUACAGGUGACGCCCCGCCAACGAUUCAGUAUACUAUUGUAAGCGGGUCAGCAGUGGUGGAACAUUCAGGGGAAUUGUUUGUGUUCCCCGACAGCACCAUCCGGCUGGACUGCGUGUCACGCCGCGCCCUUGGAGACCCUGAGUGGAGUUGGACACAGGCCGUAGGACAACACACCUCUGCAUGGUCGAGCGAAGAAGGCGAGAAGGACUCACAUUAUCGACUGACGCUGAGCAAGAUGUCGGUCCGACAUAGCGACCAGUACACUUGCACCUCGCCCGGAGGACAUACCAACACUGUUAGCAUUAAAGUUGUUAACGUGGUGUGUCCGCCAGUGGUAGUGACAUCACAGUACAUUCGACAGUUCACACAGGGAACGAAGCUGGGCAACUCGGCGCACUUCAGCUGCCAACCUGGGUUCCACCUAAAUGGAUCAGCUAUACUCACAUGCAUGGGCAACGGUCGUUGGUCAUCAUUGCCUCCUACAUGUGAAGAAACCUUCUGCCCAAUGUUAAAGACUUUGGGUCCUCAUCUGAGUGUUGUAGAGUACAACUCUUCGUUUGGCGGCCGUGCAAUGUUCCAAUGUAGUUGGGGUUACCGCCUGGUCGGCGCGCCUGGCUUGGAGUGUGAAAUGGAUGGGAAAUGGUCAGGAGAAGUACCUCACUGUAUUCCUAUAUACUGUCCUGGGCCUCUUGUGCCGACAAACGGACGCUUACUGACGGAGCCGUCAGUAAGACACGGCAAAUAUCCAGUUGGCGACUUGAUGAUAUAUUCCUGCGACGAUGGCUACGAGAUCGUCGGCGAAUCCUCUAUAGUCUGCACAGAAAACGGAUUUUGGUCUCAUCCUCCACCAUUUUGUCUACCUCCCUCUGAGAUACGAAAAACGGACACUAUUUAUGUUGAAAACACUACAUUAAUUCAUAUAGAAGAUUAA